GUCCGCCCGCCUGUCUAGCAGACGACGUUCUGGCAGGCAGUCUGCUUGGAGCUUGAAGUUGACCCUCUUGUCUGAGGAAAAACAUAUUGGUUUUCUGGGUGUCUUGGCCAAACAAUGAGGUGACAAGUAUGGGAUGUGGAAGCAAUUAAUAUUUCAACCCGUGUUUACGCUCUGCUGAGUGCUGACUGUGAUACUAGUUUCGCUGAAACAAUAUUACACAACGUGACCGGUCCUAACCUAUCUUCAGUGUUGACUAUUCAGUCAUAUAGUGUUAAACCGUCAUGCUUUCCAUUAAGAACUUGUGCAAUCUCGGAUCUAGUGCGGCAAGAUUUAAAGCAAAAUCACGUGCUGUACCUAUAAAUUUGUUCCACACCUCAGUAUGGCUUAAAAAACAAGCACCCAACACCUACGAUAAAGGAGCCCACUCAAUUUUGUACUAUUUAACGGCUGGAGGAGUUUUGAUUGGGGGUCUCAGUUAUGCCGCAGUACCUAUGUACCGUAUUUUCUGUCAAACCACAGGUUUGGGUGGUGAAGUGCAAACAGGUCAUGAUGCAGAAAAAGUUGCUAAUCUAACGAAGAGACCUGACAGGCAACUUACAGUAAGGUUUACUUCAGACACUUCAUCGGGCAUGAUGUGGGACUUCAAACCGCAACAAGCUCAAUUGAAGGUCAUUCCUGGUGAAACAGCGUUAGCAUUUUACACAGCAACCAACCCCACUGAUAGACCAAUCAUUGGUGUCAGCACAUACAAUGUUAUUCCAUACGAAGCUGGACAAUAUUUCAAUAAAAUACAAUGCUUUUGCUUUGAAGAACAAAUGUUAAAUCCACAUGAACAGGUGGAUAUGCCAGUAUUUUUCUACAUUGAUCCAGAAUAUGACGAUGAUCCAAAACUUUAUAACAAAGAUGAAAUUAUCUUAUCAUACACAUUUUUUGAAGCAAAGGAGGGAUUUAAGCUACCAAUUCCAUCAUAUGUAAACAAGAAUCACUAGAAUUAUGAUCUAAUACUGUUCUAUUAUAAAUUUAAAAAUAAAAUCUUAUUAUUUUAUUCAUGCUA